GCGCACUGAAGUGCUUGAAUUUUGUUGCGUUGUGUAGCUCCAAGGGAAGACUGGCAAUGAAGAGAAGCUAUGAAGGGAACAUCUGCAUAGAAGGCAGACAUAGGAAUCCAGCAACCAUGUCGAAGCACCACGAUGCAGGGACCGCUUUCAUCCAGACGCAGCAACUGCAUGCUGCCAUGGCGGACACCUUCCUGGAGCACAUGUGCCGCUUGGACAUCGACUCGGAGCCAACUAUUGCCAGAAACACCGGCAUCAUCUGCACCAUUGGCCCAGCCUCCCGCACGGUGGAGAAACUGAAGGAAAUGAUUAAAUCUGGAAUGAAUGUUGCCCGCCUCAACUUCUCUCAUGGCACCCAUGAGUAUCAUGAGGGCACAAUCAAGAACGUGCGAGAAGCUACAGAGAGCUUUGCCUCUGAUCCCAUCACCUACAGACCUGUGGCUAUUGCACUGGAUACCAAGGGACCUGAAAUCCGAACUGGACUCAUUAAGGGAAGUGGCACAGCAGAAGUGGAGCUGAAAAAGGGCGCAGCGCUCAAAGUGACCCUGGACGAUGCCUUCAUGGAGAAGUGCGAUGAGAAUGUGCUGUGGCUGGACUACAAGAAUCUCAUCAAAGUUGUAGAGGUUGGCAGCAAAAUCUAUGUGGAUGAUGGUCUGAUUUCCUUGCUGGUUAAGGAGAAAGGCAAGGACUAUGUCAUGACGGAGGUAGAGAACGGCGGCAUGCUUGGCAGCAAGAAGGGAGUAAACCUGCCUGGUGCUGCGGUCGACCUGCCCGCGGUCUCUGAAAAGGACAUUCAGGACCUCAAAUUCGGUGUGGAGCAGAACGUGGAUAUGGUGUUUGCUUCCUUCAUCCGCAAAGCUGCUGAUGUCCAUGCCGUCAGGAAGGUGCUAGGGGAAAAGGGAAAGAACAUCAAGAUCAUCAGCAAGAUCGAGAACCAUGAGGGUGUGCGCAGGUUUGAUGAGAUCAUGGAGGCCAGUGAUGGCAUUAUGGUGGCCCGUGGUGACCUGGGAAUUGAGAUCCCUGCGGAAAAAGUCUUCCUUGCUCAGAAGAUGAUGAUUGGGCGCUGCAACAGGGCUGGCAAACCCAUCAUCUGCGCCACUCAGAUGCUGGAAAGCAUGAUCAAGAAACCCCGCCCGACCCGUGCUGAGGGCAGCGACGUUGCUAAUGCCGUCCUGGAUGGAGCGGACUGCAUCAUGCUCUCCGGAGAGACCGCCAAGGGAGACUACCCUCUGGAGGCCGUGCGCAUGCAGCACGCUAUCGCUCGUGAGGCUGAGGCCGCAAUGUUUCAUCGUCAGCUGUUCGAAGAAAUUUUACGCCUCAAUGUUAAGAACAGGGCACCUGCCGAUGCCAUGGCAGCGGGCGCAGUGGAGGCCUCUUUUAAGUGCUUAGCUCGAGCCCUGAUAGUUCUGACCGAGUCCGGCAGGUCAGCACACCUGGUGUCCCGGUACCGCCCGCGGGCUCCCAUCAUCGCUGUGACCCGCAAUGACCAGACGGCACGCCAGGCUCACCUCUACCGGGGCAUCUUCCCCGUCCUCUGCAAAGAACCAGCCCAUGACGCCUGGGCGGAGGACGUGGACCUCCGCGUCAACCUGGGCAUGAAUGUCGGCAAAGCGCGUGGGUUCUUCAAGAGCGGCGACCUGGUCAUCGUACUGACGGGCUGGCGCCCCGGCUCUGGCUACACCAACACCAUGCGCGUGGUGCCCGUUCCCUGAGCGACCGACUCCCCC